AUGUCGCACCCACCGCCCACAAACACUCGGCUUCGGUUACACCCCUCGCCAGGCGGUGUCGCUGCAUCACGCGCAGCUCGCGAGUCGAUCAUAUCUUCCUCGGCUAAAGGGUGGUCCCCGCUUCAGAUCCACAAGCGGGACGGCGCCAUCUCCCCUCUGCAGCAAUCGCCCAACCCCUCCCUUGCCCCACCCUCCAACGAUGGACCUCGCCGGACUAGCAACUCGUUCAAACACGUCACACGCAAUUCUCUUGUCGCCAACAGCCCGUUCAAGAACCUGCAGACAACGCAGGGGAAGCAGGCGGCGGGAUUGGAAGUGGAGGAGAAGGGGAAGGAGGUGAUACAUGAGCGCAGAGUAGGGGAGGGGAGUAGGAUGGGAGAAGAGGCGCCAACGGCGGAGGGAGUAGCGGCGACGCCAAAGGCGGCGAUUGGACUGGGUAUCUCGGCCAAGCCCAGGUCGUCUUCUCGGACUGCGAGUGGGUCUGGGUCGGCUGUGUCUGGAACAAGGAGGGUGUCAUCGGAGAAGGGCAGAGUAGCGAUCCCGUCCACCUCAGCUGGGGAGACCAGGCGGGUGUCGGGGGAACGCAGAGUGUCGGCGGACCGGAACACCGGCAGUAAAGAGAACGAGUCGCCCAACCUACAUACCAGCCAGCGUCAACCUCGACAAAGCUCUGGCGUCAAGGGGCUCAAAGACGGCAAUCACGUCUCGCGCUCACCCUUUGUCGUCGGACGGUCCAGCGACGGCGGAUUGGAGGAGUCUGCCCCAUCCCCCAAGACUAUCCCUCGUCAGGGCCUGUCCGUCUCCCCUUCUCCGCGCCGAACCUCUGGACAGCGCAAAGUAUCCCCAGCGCAUCACCGGUCCCGAGCCGGACACUCGCCCACCCCUUCUCCACCUCGACACUUUUCUCACUCCAACUCCUUCAUGAAUGCCUCGCCACUUGGCAAGCCUCAUUCUGGCCCCAAAUCCGCCCUCACACCUUCACGGCGGCUCCUCGGACCGCGCCACGCGCUCGGCGUCACCGACUCGCCCUCCAAGCAGGCAAAGACGGUCACUUUCCAGUCGGUGCCCGAUGUCAAGGAGUUUGAGCAGAUGAGUGUCGAGGGAAGUGCGGAUGGGAGCUUCGAGAUUGAGCUGGAUAGCGGAUCGGAGUAUGAUCGGGAUUGGGUGGAUGAGGGGACGGAGGGACUGGACGAUAGUCUGGAGGAGAUCAUGCCGAAUGCGCAGGCGGUAAUGGCGAGUAUGGAGAGGCUGCGGGUGGACGAGCCAAGCCCUACACCAAAUCACGAAAGCACCACGGCGGACUUUGUCAACACGCUCAUCGAGGAAGGCCUCUUCUCGCCUCAGCAGACCCCUGCUCUCGGUGACCAGCACACCCCCGCAUUCGAGGACCAGCCCACUUUCGACCCAUCCUCAGCCGAAGAGGAUUCGGUGCCAUACCUCUCGACCCCCUCUCUCGGGGACGACGUCCUCAUGUCGCCCAUGUUCGCCGAGUCUGCGGCUCCGGAGAUCAAGUACCCGGAGAAGGACUCGGCUGGCGCGCCAUACGGUCGGACACACCACGCCGAGCGGGCAGCUCUCGCGCACUCCCUCCCGCCCAUGGUGCCCAGCUCGCCCUUCUCCAGCGCCCAUCUACCCCUAUCAUUGGACCACACCAUGCUCCUCAACGGUAAUGUCGCCAAUCCCGCCAUCCCUUCUCGCGCUCUUCCCACCCCGGGGACAAAGCACUUCUCGCAGCAGGUCGAGCCGAUGCACGACCCAUUUAUCACCGUCCAGACCGUCACGUCCGUCAUGUCCCCUCAAGCGGAUCGGCGAGAGGAAGGCGGUGUUCCCCUCGGACGCACAAGCCACGCGGACCGCGCCAAUGCAGCGAGGGCGCUAGCGACGCAGAGUCUGGGGCUGGGGAUGCCUCGUUCCCCCGGACGCGUCCCCUCGGACGCGACGGACGAUCACAGCGAGAGCGGGAGUGAGGUGGAUAGUGGAAGCGAGGAUGAUGAGCGGUUCUUCAACCCCAAUUCGACUCCAGCUAGACACAGCAUGACCUCCGUCACCACUAAUACCAAGACUACGACGGUGGUGGCGGAGCAAGACGAGCGGGGGCAGAGCUGGAAGGAAGAGGAGACGCCGAGAAGGGGGCUACCGAAAGUGCCAAAGGUGCAGGAGGUCAAGGUGCCCAGUCCGGUACAGAGUCCGGUGAUAUCUCAGGAAGACAAGGCUGAGAAGCGAGUAAGUCUACUCGACUUCUCCGGCUUCGCCCUGCCGAUCAUCAAUAUGACUUCCCCCUUCUUCCGCCCCACGCCCACUCUCGAAUCCCAAAUCCGGAUCCCCUCCAACGAUGCCUCGACCUCGGGCAUGUCUACCGAGGACGACGAGCGGCCGGUCACUCCCUCUCCCGCAUCCGUCGCUUCUCAUCCAGCCACUUCGGCCAGCGACGAUGCUACACUCGCCAACGCCCACCGGAUCCCCAGCUUUGAAUUCGAGGAGAUCAAGCUCACCUCGGAAGAGAUGUUAGUCCGCCGCGCGACCAUCCAAAAGAACCCCUACAGUCCCACCAAGCCCGUCUCUACUUCGACCUCCGCGUCCAGCUCGGGCUUUACCAACCCUUACUAUUCCCAGGAUAACGUCCGCGCCAUCGCCGACGGCGACAACAAGGGCUCGGUGCGUAUCCGCCAGCGGAUCAGUCGGGAGAUGAUCAGGGAGACUAUCGACCGGAAGUACGCUGAGGGAUCCAUCUCCCGCCGGCCUCACUCGGCGCUCGGUAUUGGCGGCUCGUCCAAUUACUCCAGUAUGGGCAGCGAAGACCCCUUCAACGCCUCGACUCGCAACAAGGCCUUACCCCCUCCGCCGGGUGUUUCCUCCACGCCGAUGCUCAAGUCCGCCACGGAGGUACCUCGCUCGAAUGUCGUUCCCCCGCCUCUACACCGCCCGCGCUCGUAUACUCACGCACCUGCCGCAGCGGAGGAGCUCAUCCGCCAGUCCUCCGAGAUGGGCGCUGAGCCCAGCUCAGGCCUCGACCGGAUCAUCGCGGGCGGCCAACACGCAGCACCGAUCCAAGGGCUGCCCCAGCGAGGGUCAUCAUACGGUCCCACAGCCGUCGUCGGUCGGCCGGUAUCCAUCCUCCAGAACCCUCACCCCUACAUUCCGCCUGCGCCAUCUUCAGCUACCACGGGCCGGCCGACACCCCGUACACCGAGCAGGAGCGAGACUGCGCCCGGCGGAAGUAAGAGUAGCCGGAAGAGCAGGCGGAGCAUGAGCAUGAGUGACGCGAAUGAGGUGAUCAUGCCCUCGUCGUCGAAGAAACAGCCUCGGCUUACUCUGGGUUUGGGACAGGACAAGGAGAGCAUGUCGGAUUCAUUCAGAGAUGAGAUGGAGAGUAUAAGCGGUGAUCGCAAGUACAAGGUUCGCGAGAAGCACGUCUCUGGAGCCAGCUUUGGGAACACCGUCUCGCAUUCGAAAGCGGGCGAUAUUGAUACUGGAAAGGCGUGGAGGCAGUUGAGGCGGCCUUCGGAUAUCAAUGAGCAUGCUGCGGAGAUUCGAGCGAUGCGAGACCGAGAUGUCAGCCAUGGGAAAGCCAGCGGGACGAUCUUUGUCAAGGCAGUCCUUGGGAUCGAGAGCUUGGUUGUGCCUGUCCCGGCCGAGCCGACAUACUUUUGCAUGACGCUCGACAACGGUAUCGACUAUAUCCGGACACCGUAUACUGUCCUGCAGGAUGGUGCGCGAGUCAACCAGGAGUUCGCCUUGGUCGAACAUCCCAACUUUGAGUUCUCGCUCGCGAUGGACAUCCGGCGGGACCCUCAUAUCAUCCGAGCGCUCCAGGACCAGGACCACCUCACUGUCCAGCGGAAUGCGUCCCUCUCUCAGCCCAAGCCGACCUCUUCGACCGGUAGUGGUAUCCGCCACCUUUUCUCGUCCCCUCGGAAAGCCAAGAACCCGCCCUCCGCUCCCCCUUCUCGCCCCAUCACCCCGCAAGCGGCACCAGUACCCUCGCAAUCCCAGCCCGAGACUAUCGCGCGAUACCUCGCCACUCCCAGCUCGAGCACAAUCGCCAAGACCCACGUCGCCUUCAAGCCUAUCGCAAAGCAGUGCGAGGCCAAGGUGCUCGAGAUUCGAUACCCCAUGUUUGCGAUGUUCAAGGGCGAACCUGACCGACCUCGGGAUGGCGGCAAUACGAACGUCCCUGCCACUGGGCCGCGGAAACAGGUGGCGAAGGUCACGCUUCAGGUCUUCAGGCUGCCACCUCUGCCGGGUAUCAAGCCGGAGGAUCUGCCGCAGUGUAUCGAUGAGUGUUUGAGGGGGAUGAGGCACCAUGCCUGGCAUGAGUGUGAAUAUCACGAGGGGAAUUUGACGCAGGAGGGCGGGGACUGUACGAUACCGCGAAGACGGACGUUCAAGCUCAUUGGUGGCAAUCUCGUGGCGUACAACGAAAUCACUCGGAAAGAGGUCACCACGAUCGAUCUGCGCCAGGCGACCGCCGUGAUUGAUCUGAACCCGGACCAGUCGCAGCGGGAUCUUGUAGCAGCGGGGAAGAAGACCCGGAGUGGGAGCGUGGACGAUGAUGAAGGAAUGGGGAUGGGGAUGUUUGGUGCGCGCCCCAGAAGCUUCAGAGUGGAGUUCAAGGGUGGGGAGGGGAUUGUUUUCUCGGCGGAUAAGGAUAGCGACAAAGCUACAUGGAUGGAAACCCUCAAUGGGCUCAUUGGCAAGAUCCCUUCCAACCCACUCUGGGCAGACCUCCUCUCGUCUAUGACCAAAGAUAAGCACGAUCGGACGGCGGCAGCUCGGUCCGUCAGCCGGUCUACGACGCACACGCACACCACCUCAGCCUCUGGUCCGGGUAUGAUACCGAACAGGAUGAGCUCGACGAGUGCGGCUUCGGCGGGAACGAAGCGGGAGUCGAGUCAGGCGAUGGGCAAGACGAGGAGUGCGCCUGUUCAGGUACAGGUGCAGCUGGGGGUGGAGGGGGGAAGGACGAUGACGGGUAGGAAGGGGGAGGGGGUGGUGUGA